AUGUCCCGGAACGAUGCUCCGACCCCAAGUGCCCUCUACUGCACUGUCCCUUUUGUCCGAAUUAUAAGGGGGAUUUUGCGAGGGUGGAAGUGCAUAUACAAAGCCACCAGAAGACUGUGGUACGUUACGGAGACGUUGCCAUUUAUAUGUGCAACUGGGGCUACAGAGGUGGUUCUCACUUCCACUGCUAACCAGCCACCACUGCCCACUCUGCCCCAGAACCAGCCGCCUUUGCCACAGGACCAGCUGCCUCUGCCCGCUCUGCCCCACAACCAGCUGCCUCUGCCCGCUCUGCCCCACGACCAGCUGCCUCUGCCCGCUCUGCCCCACGACCAGCUGCCUCUGCCCGCUCUGCCCCACGACCAGCUGCCUCUGCCCGCUCUGCCCCACGACCAGCUGCCUCUGCCCGCUCUGCCCCACGACCAGCUGCCUCUGCCCGCUCUGCCCCACGACCAGCUGCCUCUGCCCGCUCUGCCCCACGACCAGCUGCCUCUGCCCGCUCUGCCCCACGACCAGCUGCCUCUGCCCGCUCUGCCCCACGACCAGCUGCCUCUGCCCGCUCUGCCCCACGACCAGCUGCCUCUGCCCGCUCUGCCCCACGACCAGCUGCCUCUGCCCGCUCUGCCCCACAACCAGCUGCCUCUGCCCCAGAACCAGCCGCCUCUGCCCCAGAACCAGCCGCCACAACCCAGAACUCGCAAUUCCACUAAUUUGAAGAGGGUUCUCAAACCAAAACGGAGGAGUCUGACCUUUUAUGACUCCAAUGACCCUACUGGCUUUGGAGAUGGCCGCUACCUAGAUGUUUUCAGGUCAACAGCAGACGAUCUGGGCAUCACUUCAGAGGUCUCAAUCAUACCUGUACACAGGAUAUGUGAAGUGGCAGGCCAUGGCAGUGGGCUGGUAAUGCGCCUGGCCCAUCUGUUCUCUGGGGAUAAAUGGCUUAAAGGGCAUUUGCAACUGGAGCACAAGGGUUACGACCCGAGUGUGUCUCUGCCACAGCUGAUCUCUUCUCUCCAAAAGCCUCUCCUUCUCCCCCUCUCGGACCUGCAGCUCUGCUCAGACCAGCACCAGAACUGCCUCUGCCUUCGAUCCAAGUCCUCCAACACUCAGUGGCUCUUUUUUUCUGACCACAAUGAGCUUCGACUAAUCAGGCAGGAGUUGAUAAAACUCCUUCAGAUGGACCUGGAGAGCCUCGAGGAGCCCAGUCCUGGUCUGCCCUCAUCCCUGUUGAACUCAUGGGAGCAUGAAGGGUCUCGUUCAGUUGACGGAGGUUUUACAGCUCUGCUCUUCCUCUCCUCCUCCUCAUCCUCCUCUUCAGAGUCGCUGCAUCCACUGCUCCAGAACGUGUUGAGUCCAGCCCCUCACCUGCCCUGCUUGCUUCCUCUCUCACCGACAGCUCUAUUCGUGGUUCACAGUCGAGAAGAGAACUGCUGCUGUGACAGUCCACAUCACAAACUAAGCUGGAAUCACAGUGUGGAGCUUCUGCUGUGUGGACACCGGCUGCUGCUGCUCUUCCCUCUGCCUGAGGAUGGGGCUUCGUUCCUGGGGAAGCUCAGGCUCCAGCGGGCUCUACCACAGACAAAAGCUCUCAUAAACCACCAGGGCGGUCCAAGUUCUGGAGAGCAGUGCUGUUGUUCCCAUAAGGCUCACAGUGACAGUUUGUCGUCACUUUCUACUUCGCUGGAAGAGAUGCAGCCCUCCCCCCACCUCACACCCGGUCUCACCCCAGGCCUGAAGCUCCUCUCUGGGUUGAACGCUCAGCAGCUGCAGCCUGUCUUCCACAAACACAUUGCUCUGAGCGGCGGAGAGGAGCUGAGGCAGGUCCUGUGGCUCUCUGUGGUUCUCUACAAAUCUCCUGAGGUUGAACUCACCUGUUUGCUGCUGCUCUCUGCAAACGCCAUCUACUUCCUAUUAGAAGACUCCGCCUCCUCGCUUGGCCCGCCCCCAGACCUGGAUGUGCUGGAGUGCGGAGAUUCCUCUGUGUGCUUGUGCUGCUGCCUCUCGGCCCCUCUGUCUCAAAUUCAGUCUGUAAACGUGGGGUUGUUCGACCAGUACUUCAGGAUCCAAGGGGGCAGUGGGGACCAGGUGGUGUGUUGCUUAAGCAGAGACUCUUACGCCACGGGGCAGUUUCUACAGGAGUUAAUGUCGGUUCUCAGUCUCCAGCAGAGGGCGCCACCUCCAGAACCCUCUGAACAAGACUUUUACUCUGAGUUCGACUCCUCAGGUCUCUAUAACCUACACAAUGAAGUUCAAAAGAGCAGUGUAUUACCAUAG